CUAGUAAAGCUCCCUCCGCUGGGCGCCAAGUUCGGGUUCCGGGUGGACUCGGCCGGUCACGUGUUUGGGGUCCCUGUCCCCGUCCAGGUCGGCGAGUGUUGCGUCCUGCUGGGACGGUCGAGCCGCGGAGGCGUGGGGCCCCGGGCGUCGUCGGCUUCGAGUUGUGGGGUCGUUCCGGCAACUUUGAACCAGUGCAAUGGCAACAUCAGUCAAUGGAGCCCACAAGGAUGCUGCCUUGUGGUCCUCCCAUCAUAAGAUGCUGACUCAGCCCCUCAAGGACAGUGACAGCGAGGUUUACGACAUCAUUAAAAAGGAGAGUAACCGGCAGAGGGUUGGAUUGGAACUGAUUGCCUCAGAGAAUUUUGCUAGCCGAGCUGUAUUGGAGGCCCUGGGCUCUUGCUUAAAUAACAAAUACUCUGAGGGAUACCCAGGCCAGAGGUAUUAUGGUGGGAACGAGUUCAUUGAUGAGCUGGAGGUGCUGUGUCAGAAGCGUGCACUGCAGGCCUAUCAUCUGGACCCUCAACACUGGGGGGUCAAUGUCCAGCCUUAUUCAGGCUCCCCUGCAAACUUUGCUGUGUAUACUGCCCUAGUGGAGCCCCAUGGGCGCAUCAUGGGCCUGGACCUGCCUGAUGGAGGCCACCUGACUCAUGGGUUCAUGACAGACAAGAAGAAAAUUUCUGCCACAUCCAUCUUCUUUGAAUCUAUGCCCUAUAAGGUAUACCCAGAUACUGGCUACAUCAACUAUGACCAGCUGGAGGAGAAUGCCCGCCUCUUCCACCCGAAGCUGAUCAUCGCAGGCACCAGCUGCUACUCUCGAAACCUGGACUAUGCACGUUUACGGAAGAUUGCCGAUGAGUGCGGGGCAUAUCUCAUGGCAGACAUGGCACACAUCAGUGGGUUGGUGGCGGCUGGUGUAGUGCCUUCCCCUUUUGAACACUGUCACGUGGUUACCAGCACAACCCAUAAGACCCUGAGAGGCUGCCGUGCUGGCAUGAUAUUCUACAGAAAGGGUGUGCGCAGCGUGGAUCCCAAGACUGGCAAAGAGAUUCUGUAUGACCUGGAGUCACUCAUCAACUCUGCCGUGUUCCCUGGCCUACAGGGUGGCCCCCACAACCACGCCAUUGCUGGUGUUGCUGUGGCCCUGAAGCAGGCCAUGACUACAGAAUUCAAAGUCUACCAGCUCCAGGUGGUGGCCAACUGCAAGGCUCUGUCCGAGGCCCUCAAAGAGCUGGGCUACAAAAUAGUCACAGGUGGUUCUGACAACCAUUUGAUCCUAGUGGAUCUCCGUUCCAUGGGCACAGAUGGUGGAAGGGCUGAGAAGGUGCUAGAAGCCUGUUCCAUUGCCUGUAACAAGAAUACCUGCCCAGGUGACAGAAGUGCACUGCGGCCCAGUGGACUGCGUCUAGGGACCCCAGCACUGACAUCCCGAGGACUUUUGGAAGAAGACUUCCGAAAAGUAGCACACUUUAUUCACAGAGGAAUAGAGCUGACUCUGCAGAUUCAGAGUGACAUGGGCCCAAAGGCCACACUGAAAGAGUUCAAGGAGAAACUGGUGGGAAAUGAGAAGUACCAGAGUGCCAUGCAGGCUCUCCGGGAGGAAGUGGAGAGCUUUGCUUCCAGCUUCUCACUGCCUGGACUGCCCAACUUCUGAAGGUGCCAGCCCACUCCCACACCUGCCAGCUAACGGGACUGCCCAGAGGACAACCUGCUCAAGGACACUGUGGCUUUUACCCAGAAGGGACCCCACUGAGCUGCUCUCUGUCCUUGUGAGGACAUUUCUUUUAGGCUUUUCUCAUGUUUUCACAAAGCAAAAAGUCCCAUUGUUAGUAUAUACGUCUGAGACAGGCUACAAGGAAUUUAAAUUUGAAAUUCAUUUCUCAAAAACCGUAUGUAAUUCUGGCAGGGUGUGGUGCACACGCCUUUAGUUUCAGCACUUGGGAGGUUAAGGUAACAGGAUAACUGAGUUUGAAGCAAACCUGUGACUUCAUACUGAAUUCCAGGUCAGCCUGGGCUAUAUAGCAAGACCCUAUCCUACCUUGGGGGUGGGGAGAACUAUGUAAUUCUGGAAAAAAUAAGUACUUGGCCUUAAUCAUACAGAUAGAAGCAAGCAGUACGUGGCAAAGCUAUUAGAAAGAUUCCAGGAUUCUUCUCUUUCUCAAAGCUCACUGAGCCCUGUAGCAUGUAAUGAAGGUUCAGGUUCACAGCUUGCAAAUGCUGCUGCCGCUUUCUCUUCUGCUGUGCAGGGCAUGCCAGAGCAACGCUGAAUUACAGCUGUUAAAAUGGCUGGGAGUGGGGUGGGGCUGGGAAGAUGGCUUGGUGGUUCAGGUACUCGUCUGUGAAGCCUAAGGACCCAAGUUUGAUUCCCCAGUACCCACAUAAGCCAGAUACACAAGGUGGUGCAUGUGUCUGGAGUUCGU